GGUCGCCUAUAUUGUGCGUAACUUCCUGCUGCACUUCCUUUUUCAUCGUAGGAGCAGGGGAGAGACGAGCCGCCAAAAUGAGUAAGGUUUCGAGGGACAUGCUGUAUGAGGCCGUCAAGGAGGUUCUCGCAAACUCCCAGACGAAGCAAAGGAAGUUCGUGGAGACGGUUGAGCUGCAGAUCAGCUUGAAAAACUAUGAUCCCCAGAAGGACAAGCGUUUCUCCGGCACCGUCAGGCUGAAGACUCUCCCCAGGCCCAAGUUCUCUGUGUGCGUCCUGGGAGACCAGCAGCACUGCGACGAGGCCAAAGCCGCCGAAUUGCCUCACAUGGACAUCGAGGCUCUCAAGAAACUCAACAAGAACAAGAAGAUGGUCAAGAAGCUCGCCAAGAAGUACGACGCCUUCCUGGCCUCCGAGUCUCUGAUCAAGCAGAUCCCACGUAUCCUGGGUCCUGGUCUGAAUAAGGCCGGCAAGUUCCCCUCCCUGCUCACCCACAACGAGAACCUGAACACCAAGGUGGAUGAGGUCAAAUCCACCAUCAAAUUCCAGAUGAAGAAGGUGCUCUGUCUGGCUGUGGCUGUCGGUCAUGUGAAGAUGACAGAAGACGAACUUGUGUACAACGUUCACCUGUCAGUCAACUUCCUGGUGUCCCUGCUGAAGAAGAACUGGCAGAACGUGCGUGCCCUCUACAUCAAGAGCACCAUGGGCAAAGCCCAGCGUCUCUACUAAAUGACAACUUUUCUAAAAAUAAAAAGUGGAGAUGCUCCAAA